AUGGUCUCCUUCGGCCUCGCGGGCUACGGCCUGAACAAGAAGAAGCAGCAAUCGAGCUCGUCCAUCUACAAGAUGCUGCCGCGGACGCUCGCGAGCGCGGGCGCGAGCGCCCGCGCCCUCGUCCGCGGCCGGUCCGCGCCGUCGCUCGCGAAGGCGCCGCCGGCGCCGGCGCCGCGCGCGCCGUCGCCGCGCGCGCCGCCGCCGCCGCCGGGCGCGUUCCUCGCCGGCGCGCCGCCGCUGCGCCUGUCGCGCGCCGCCGACGCGCCGCCGCCGCGCGACACGCCCCUCAAGCGGCCCGCGGCGGCCGACGACACGCCGCAGACGAAGCGCGCGAAGGCCGACGCGCCGUCGCCGAGCCCGCGGCCGCCGGUCUACGCGCGGGCCCCCGCGCGGCCGGAGCCCGGCCCCGCGCCCGUCAAGGCGCGCGCCGACGCCUUCGCGCCGGAGACGCCGCGCGCGGCGACGCGGCGCCGCGUCGCGUCCGCGCUCGAGCGCGCGCGCGCCGCGGGCCUCGGCCACAAGCUCGCGAAAUACGACGAGGCCUGGAUCGAGCAGAAGCUGGACGAGAACGCCGACUACGGCGACCUCGCGCGCAACGUCGAGUGCUUCGUCUCCCGGGCCGUCGACGACGCGCGCGCGGCCGCGCGGCCCGCGUCGCGGCCGCUCGGGUCGCCGCGCGCGGCGCUGUCGCCGCGGGCCCGCGCGGGCUCCGACGCGCGGCCGCCGCCCGCGGCGCCGCCCGGUGCGCCCGCCGCCGCGGCCGAGCAUCCCCUGGGCCCCUGCGACAAGUGCGACGGCCCCCACGCGACGUCGCGGUGCCCGCACUUCGCCAAGGACCGCGACGACCACCCCGACGCGCAGCGCGCCAAGGGCCUCGCGUGCGGCGCGGACGGCGGCAACGCCUACCUGCGGCGCGGCGAGGUCAUCCGCCAGCCCGGCGACGGCUCCUGCCUCUUCCACAGCCUCGCCUACGGCCUCCGGCUCCAGAACCGCCACGGCGACGCGCGCCAGCUCCGCCGCGAGCUCAUGGACUGGCUGUCGCGGAACCCGGACGCGUCCAUCGCGGACACGCCCGUGGGCGACUGGGUCAAGUGGGACUCGAACUGCUCCGUCGACGACUACACGGCGCGCAUGCGCGGCGCGGGCUGGGGCGGCGGCAUCGAGAUGGCCGCGUUCGCGCGCCGCUUCGACGUCGACGUCCACGUCUACGAGCGCGACCCCGGCGGCCGCCGCGACCUGCCCUACAAGCGCGUGGCCCGCUUCGAGCCCGGCGACGGCGCGCCGAGCCCCCGGGGGCGGCCCGCGCCCGUCAACGUCCUCUACUGCGGCGGCGUCCACUACGACGCGCUCGUCGCCGACCGCGGCGCGCUCGUCGAGCUCGCCGGCGACGCGGAGCCCCGGCGCUUCGACUACGCGAGCUCGCCGCGCCUCGACGCGCGCGGGCCGUCGCUCCAGCCCAAGACGUGGCACGCGCGCGACGGCCGCGGCGACCGCGGCCGCGACUUUGCCGCGAAGCCGCGGUCGUCCUACUUCUCCCGCGGCGCGCCGAAGCAGGCGCCGCCGCGCCACCAGUUCUACGGGUCCCGGCGGCCCCUCCCCUACCGGCCGACGCGCUGGUUCGUCGCGCGCAUGCGCUUGAGGGACUCGGGCGUCCCCGACGGCAUCUUCUCGCAUUCCAGGCGACCGUCGUGGUUCCCGAGCCACUCGUCGCCCGCGCAGUCGCCGGCCGCUUUCGACGUCCUCGCCUUGCCGCCGCGGCCGUCCUUGCACUUGCAGCUCACGGUCAUCGUGCUCGACACCGCGCACUUGCCGCAGCGGACCAUGGGGAAGAAGGAGAAGCAGGAGAUCGAGAGCCUCAAGUCGCGGAACGGCGACCUCGAGAAGAAGAUGGCCAAGGACCGCAACGAGGCGGAGAAGCGGCUGAAGGAGGAGAUGGACAACGCCAAGGCCGCCCUCGCCGACUGGCAGGCCACGGCCGAGGAGGAGAAGGCCAAGGCCGUCGAGGCGGCGAAGCUCGAGGGCGCGCUCGCCGAGAAGGAGGCCGCGGGCGUCCACGCGAGCUUCCUCGAGGCCAAGGUCGCGGAGCUCGAGGGCAAGGUCUCGGCGCUCGAGGCCGCGCUCGCGGAGUCGCGCGACGCCGCGGCCGCGGCGGAGCAGCACGCCGCCGAGGCGCAGGCGGCGCUCGCGGCGACGUCCGCGGUGGACGCCGGGGCGCCGGGGGUCGACGAGGCCCAGGCGGCCGCGAAGCUCCAGGCCUGCGAGCGGCGGCGGUCCGUCGUCGCGGACCAGCGCAAGAAGCAGCGCGAGGAGCAGCAGCGCCUCGCGGCGCAGCUCAAAGCCGCGGAGGCGUCGGCCGCGGACCUGGCGACGCGGCUCGAGGCGGCCGAGGCCGCGGCGGAGGCCGCCGCGGCGACGCGGGCCGCGGCGGCGCCCGCGGCCGCGGCCGACGACGGCGCGGCCGCGGCGCUCGAGGCCCGGGCCGCGGCGGCGCUCGAGGCCGCGGACGCGCUCAAGGCCGAGCACGCCGCGGCGACGACGCGCCUCGAGGCCGCCGCCGCCGAGGCCGCCGCGGCGCGCGAGGCCGCGCGCGAGAGGCUCGAGACCUCGGAGCGGUCGCUCGCGUCCGAGCGGCGCCGGUCCGUGGCCUUCAAGGCCGACGCGGAGUCGCUCCGGGGCCGCGCGGCCGCCGCCGAGCAGAAGCUUUCGGCCAUCCGGCGCAAGUCGACGGUCGCCGACGGCGCCGUCGCGCGCGCCGCGAGCGCGCGGUCCCGCGCGCUCGCGGACGCCGUCGGCCGCGCGUCGCGCGCGGAGGCCGACGGCGCCCUGCGCGCCAAGGAGGCGCGCGACGCCGCCGCGGGCCUCGGCGAGACCAUCGCGCGCCUCGGCGCGGCCCUGGCCCACGCGGGCGAGCUCGGCGACGCGGAGCGGCUCUACCACGAGGGCGCGCACCUCCGCGGCGACGUCUUCGGCGCGCGCCACGCGGAGGAGGCGGAGACGCUGCGGGUCAUGGCGAACCACUGCCGCGAGCGCAACGACCUCCAGGCGGCCCUGGCCUACAUGGAGCGGUCCUGCUCCGCGUACACGAGCUCUUUGCGGUCGGGCGAGUCCGCGGCGGCCGCGCCCUCGCGCGCGCCGACGGCGCUCGAGGCCGCGCGCGCGACGCCCCUGGCGACGCUCGCGGCGCCGGCCCACGCGACGCAGCCCGCGCCCCUCGGGCCCGACGACGCCCUCGUGCCGGACGCGGUGCCCGCGCGGCUGAAGCGAGCGCCGCCGCGGUCGCUGCUCAACGCAGACCGCGAGGACCGCGACCCGCGGCCGCCGCGGCCCCGGUCGCCGGGCUCCGUGCCCGCCGUCGUGUCGUCCCGGCCCCACUGCGUCCGCCACCGCGUCGAGACGCCGCCGAGGCCGCUGCCCCUGGAUGACGAUCUGAUCGUGUAA